CCGGGCGGUGUCGUGCGGCCCCCCGCUCCCGUUGCGGGGGACUAUGAAGCACCAUGGUGUGGUGUGACCGUGGCGUCCAAAUGCUUCUGACUACGGUAGGGGCAUUCGCCGCCUUCAGCCUCAUGGCCAUCGCCAUCGGGACCGACUACUGGCUGUACUCCAGCGCUCACAUCUGCAACGGGACCAACAUCACGGCGGACGAAACGCAGGGGCCGCCGAAGAAGGCGAGGGGAGAUCUCACCCAUUCGGGGCUUUGGAGGAUUUGCUGCCUCGAAGGAAUCUACAAAGGACAUUGCUUCCGAAUCAACCACUUCCCUGAAGACAAUGACUAUGACCAUGACAGCUCAGAAUACCUUCUCCGCAUUGUCCGUGCCUCCAGUGUGUUCCCCAUCCUAAGCACAAUAUUGCUGUUGCUGGGAGGACUCUGUGUCGGAGCAGGAAGGAUUUACAACAGCAAAAACAAUAUUAUUCUCAGCGCUGGGAUUCUCUUUGUUGCGGCAGGACUAAGUAAUAUCAUAGGGAUCAUUGUCUACAUAUCAAGCAAUGCAGGUGACCCAAGUGACAAGCGAGAUGAGGACAAAAAGAACCAUUACAACUAUGGUUGGUCCUUUUAUUUUGGAGCCUUGUCUUUUAUUGUGGCCGAAACCAUAGGCGUUCUGGCUGUGAACAUUUAUAUUGAGAAGAACAAAGAGCUGAGGUUUAAGACCAAGAGGGAAUUCCUUAAGACUUCUUCCAGUUCUCCUUAUGCCAGGAUGCCAAGUUAUCGGUACAGGAGGCGGAGGUCCAGAUCCAGUUCUCGAUCUACAGAGCCUUCUCCAUCUAGAGACAUUUCUCCGGUUGGCAUGAAGAUAGCAAGCACCAUUCCCAUGAACGAAAUUUCCAUGUACACUCUUUCCAGAGAGCCUUUGAAGGUUACGACGGCUGCCAGCUACAACGCAGACCAAGAAGCCAGUUUUCUGCAGGUUCACAACUUCCUUCAGAAGGAAUUUAAGGAAGGACUCCAUGUCAACAUGGUCAACAGGAGAACAACGCCUGUUUGAAGUAUCUUCCCUCCUCGUGAUUUUUUGAAGAAAUACUGAAACAGAAUGGAUAUGUCAUGAAAGAGAAGGAGUGAUGUUAAAAUACCCUCUCACCUCUUUAAUUGUGACAUGUGUUGAGGUAGCAAGUGGAGAUCCUCUGGACCAACCUAAAGAUGAUAUUACAUGCUCGUAGCUUUUUUUGAAGCUAUUCGGAGUUUGUUUCUUUCAGUUCUUGGUGUCACGAGAUGAAGGCAGUUCAUGUUCCUGCACUUCUGUAGUGUGUACAAAGUCUUGGAGAAACUGCAAAGGACUUGCCACCAGUGUGUUUUACAGGAUUACAGAAAAAUUGUUGUACGACUUUUUUUUUUUCUAAUAUUGACAUCCCUUAAUACAAACUUGCAAAUAUAAUUUAUAACCAAGCCCAAGGAUGGAUACGAACUACUCAUCAAGUGAGCCACUUUCCUUUGACACAGCAUAAGCUUUGCCUCUUUCAAAAAAAAAAAAAAAAAAGAAAAAAGAAAAAAAAGAAAAUAUUUUUGAAGGCAACACUUUCUAAAACUGACCUGUGCUACUGAAACCGUAGAGCACCCACGUACUGAGCAUUACAGACUCCCUGAUGGGGUGGUAAGGGGGUGUCCCGUUUCUGGGUGUAAGGCGUCCCUCAGGGCAAUGCAGGUGGGGGAGAAGAGGGUGGGUGCAUCUUGAAACACCUAGAAAGGGAAGAAUUAAAGUAGGUGGGACUUGAGCAUAUUUGCGAAUAUCAUUUCUUGCCUAACGUUUAGAAAACUUGAAUUCUCAUUUCGACUAGCCCUAGUGCCUGAUCCGGCAAGGUGCUGAGUGCUGUCUGUCAGGACCCCCCAUAGACUACUUAAAGCAAGAGCGAGAAGCAGAGCCGAGCCGGGGUGGCCCACGCAGGCGAAGCCGCCGGUUCCCUGCGACUGCAUUCCUGUUUUCCUUACUGCUUCACAAGUGCAACACUAACGCUACUGGAAACUAAGAUAUCUAAGCAAUGUGCGUAAGAAAAUGAGAAGCUAAUACGUUCGGACUAGCAAAACUUCCUGCAGCAAUGGGAACGGAGUGUUAACAGAAUGGAUGACAACUUUGUAUUUUUUAAAAUAGAACAAAAAUAAUCACCGUUUAUGAGAUAUUUAUUAAACUCUUUUUAUUAUGAAUAAGUGCCGCAUGGUGCAAGGUAUAGUUGCUUUUAGAUGGAAAUGAUGGUUUGACCUAAUUUAAUUUAUUUUGUAAUGAUGAAUCUACUUACGUGCAGAGAGCCCACAGAAAACUCUAUGCAUCACCUAAGGGGGAACUAAUUUGUACCCUUUGCUUCUGUAUGUUUCUAAAAGUCUGAUUUUUUUUUUUCUUUUAAAUUCCUGCUUUCAUUUUUUACAUUUAGGCUUGGAAUCUCAAAGCUCGAGGGCCUGACUCAAAGGUAAUUUAAUUGAAUAGUAUUCAUGUUGAUUUUAGUGACCACUCGACCAAGCCAUAUGAGAAUGCAGUACCCGAUUCCCCGUGGAUGAAUUAGGUGCAGUGAGAGAGGAGCAUCUAAUUCCUGUAGAUUCCUUUGAAUAUACCCAUCGUCUUUGCCCAGAAAAUCUUGGCUACCAGAAGACUAGAGAAGUGGUGACAAGAAAAAAAUCAUGAUUUAGAAAGCUUGGCUCACUGAUGGUGGGAGAUCUCAGCCAAACUGUUAAAACCACUUUAGUCUUAAUUUAUCCUGCGAUGGCCGCAGCAUCAGUGACUCGGCGAUGUUUUGGAUACGAGGCUUUCAGCUAGUGGAACCAAGUCCUCCAGGGAAAUCCCGGAGGAGCUGCCUUAACAUCCCAAAAAGCAAGUUGAACCCCCUCUGCCCCCCCAGGUAAACCCUGCUUAAGCCUCUCUCCUUGCAAGAACCAAGACACAAUUCUCAAUUUUAAAUGAAAGUCUUCCCCUAGUCGCUGUCAAGCUCUGCCUAGCCCUCAGCCUGGCAGAGCGACAUCAUUAUUUUGGCAGAGGUGGGUUGGAGCCUUCAUCCCUGCUUAUUAAGAGUUUCCAUUCAGGUUAAAACUCUGCUGGGAUCCUUUUUCAAACCUCUGAACUCUGAGAGCUAAAGCGAAUGGAGCAAUGGGAACGAUUUAAAAGUAGAAAAUGUUGUGCUACUUUCUGUAUCAACACACUAUGGAGAAAGAUGUUACACAAGCUUUUUAAAAAAAUUCAAACAGAGGCAGACAAGAAAACUUUUUUACCUACUUUUCGGCUAGGACAACAAAAAAAGAGUUCUAAAAUUAUUAAAGUUCUUGAUGAAAGGUUUUUUUUACAAGAAUCUUUAUGCUUUCAAACAAUAAAUUAUUUCCUACUUUUUGAGACUUCGUAAUAUUAAAAUACUUUGAUUAGCUAUGAUAGAAGUAGAAGUUUGCAAUGAAAAAAAAACCUUCUGUCUCAUUAGUGUGUCAUACUAAGUGCUAAUUAAUUUACAUCUAAUUAUAGUCAAUGUAUUUUUCAAGUGCAAUUUCCCAGAACUAUUUGUUUCCCACUGUGUUAAUAAACUAAUAGUUAGAAAUAAGUCCUCAUCCGUGUUUACUGUAAUUAAGAAUAAAACCAUUCCCGUUAAAACCAGGAGUUAGAUAUAGGCUGUUUUUCUAAACUCAUGUCCAUUGAGCUGGAAGCCGACAGUGUGAGGUUUGCUUCGCGCAUUGGUUUUGUUCUUUUAAUCCUCAUUCUCCAGUCAACGUGUUUAAAACCAACCAUCUGAUUCCAGCCAAAGCCCAAGGCUUUUCU